GUGAAAUAGUAAACAAAGGUGAAAUGAAAACAAAGUCUUUUCCUCAGUUUUUCAAGGAAAAAUGUUCGGUUUUCUCAAGCGAAAUCAAUCCUCUGCUAAAGGAUACAAGAUCUCAAAUGUGGGAAGGACCAAAAAAUAUGGAAUCGUGGUUUCUUCUUUGAGGGAUUUAUUGAAGAAAGCAUCAGCAAAAUUCCAGAUUGAGGACUGUAAGUGCUUCCUGGCCCAGGAUGGAACUCUUGUGGAGGAUGAAGAAUACUUCAAAAGUCUCCCAGCACAGACACUCUUUGUCAUUGCAGGAAAGCAUGACAACGUGAAGACGGACUUUGAACUCCUCUUCGAGGCCAUCCGGAGCAGGAAUUCUGCCUUACUGGGAGCAGGUGAGAUUGUCCGGAAGUUCAUCAGUGAGAACAAAGAGAGCCUUCUGGAGUCACUGAAGCAGCUUGAAGAGAAGGAGUGCAAGGAAACAGAACUGAGUCUGAGGCAAGAACACAAAGAGUGGUUCUCCGGACAGGAUUCUCGCUUCUCCAGCAAAGAGGAAGUCAUGGCGAAACGAGCCCAAGAUCGUGUGAGAGGGUAUUUCUACAAGACGAAGGAUGAAAUCACAAAAUCGAAGAUUUAUCGAGAAAAUAUCACAGCGCGGAUGAAAUUGAAUGAGAUUCUGGGGGUUUUCCAGUACUUCCUCAUAGGCUGUGACCACUUUAGCUGUCUCUUUGAUCGGAAAUACCCAAGGAAGCAUGAAAUUGUGGAGGAAGACGCACCAGACGGUGGGAUUCCCAAGAAGCGCAUGCGGAUGAUAAAGGAACUCUUCGAGGAAGAGGAAUUCUUCAAGGAUUUGUGCGUAUCUCUGUGUAAUUCUCACGGAGACUUCCGUUGUCAGGGUCUCUGGAGUGAGACAACCUGCAAGUACAGCAAUCACUUGAUAAAUCCCUACUCAUCUCGGGAGAACUUCAUUCUCUUCCAAGUUUGGAACUUGGAUCAUCAGAUUGAGCUCUCCCGAUCGGUGAUUCCCUCUCUUCUCAAGACCGUUGAGCAGAUGAGCGAGGAAAAUAAUCUGCAGUGUCAAGUGCAUCGCUGCAGAGCAACAAAUAUUGACAUUAUCGCCUAUUUUCUCGAGCUCUUCACCACUGAUAAUCUCAAGUUGGUGCACAUUGUUUGCCAUGAUAAGGGACUCCACAGCCUCCGGUCCAAAGGGAGAAUUCUGUGUGCCAAAUGUCAUGAGUUGGCAACUCUCGAUGCGAUUAUGGACAAAAUCCAGGAAACAAGUGACGAGAAGAGAUGACAAAUUGAGAUCUGCACACUUUGCGUCCUCCAGGGCAGAUUUACAGCAAACAUCCGCCUCUGAUAGUGUGCGCAUUCCCAAGAGAGCGGCUCGAGAAAAGUGAUGUGGAAAAUUGAGGAAGUUGCACACGAUGCUGACCAGAACAGAGAGAAGAGUGCAGAACUGCCCUGGAAUCGUACUGAAUGGUGUGAGCAGAAGGUGGACUGGCGAGAGGGAGAAAAAAAAGAGCAUAAAACUCAUAAUUUUGCUUUCAACAUUGGAAUUACUUAGUGUGUCCCACACACAAUUUUAUACCUCCGCCGCAAAACCUCGCACACACACGAGCCCAGAAGAAGUACAACCAGAUUAUCCGGCACUG